GAUUCAGGAAGUACACGUUUAAUUUUCAGCUCGUAUUCAUGUUUGAAAAAGAUUACUGAAAAAUUCACAAACGGGCGGUCUCUUCGGGUACCGAAGACCUUAAUUCAGCGGAAAAUGUCCGGUAGUGCCGAGACAACAAACAUAUCAUCACUUGGGAAAGGCGACAGUUUGCAUCAGCAGGUCCUCGCCUCCUUCCCACUGUGUCACAUGACAGAGGAAGAGCUGAUCCAGAACCCGCAGUUCUGUAAACUCCUGGCCACUCUGGCACAACAUGUGGAUCAAACUGGACUCACCACCCCGCUGAAAACAGAGUUGGACAAGGCUGAACAGAAGUUGCAGAGUCAGAAACGACAAUGGCUGCGCUCCGAGAGCCUCUACAGAGGGCUGCAGGAGAUGAUCCAGAACCACCGUGUCAGGAAGCACCAUGCCACUAUACCCCCUGACCAGAACAUGUUCUACGAGACGAUGGAGAAGUGUCUGCUGGUGGCUCAGUGUGUCAGACAGCUGGAUCCCAGUAACACAACAAACCAGGACCAGCCCUCAGUCCUGGGCCUGACCCCCCAACUCGUGAUGGAGCUCAUGCCUUCAGAGAAGAAUAUGCAAAGAAUGAAACAGAGUCUACCAAGACAGCUGGAGAAACAUCUCAAAGAAAAGAGUUUGAGCCUUCUCUCUUACUAUCAGCCUGAAUGGGAGAAUGAGAGUGAGGGUCUGAAGGUGAGCAAGUUGUCUCAUCUGUCAGCACAGCUGGACAAGGAGAAGAAAAGAGCAGAAAGUCUGAAGGAGACCUGCAGGGGAAACACGGUUCUUCUGCAGAGACAGACUGAGCUCUACCUCACUGAGCUGACAAAGUGCAUUCAGCUUCUCCAGUCUUUCAUCUUGGACCACAGGCUGAAGAUCCAGACAGAUUUGGACAGAAAGAAAUUGGAUUACUUUGAAGGCAAAUGUGAAUUAGUCUUACAGAAGAUAAAGGCAGAAAUGGUGGAAAUUCAGCUGGAUACAUACACACCUGACUCAAUAUCUGCUCAUAAAAAAAUAAGGGAGAAGCUGGAGUCUGAGCUGAAGGCGUGUAAAGCGGAGAAGCAGUCUGUGGAGCUGAAGCUGGCCUCCUUUGAGAUCUUGGGCAAAGAGUUUGAGGAGCUGGCUGAGGAGUACUGCAGAUUACGGCAGGAGAUAGAGAUGAAAAACUGGGCGCUGAAGGAAUUCACUCAGUACAGUGAUUAAGUAAAAGCCGUAUCUGAUGCUGAGACAAGCCAGCGUUUCCCUCAUCAUGUUGUGGAAUUCCAUAGAAUGACAUGCUGGCUUUUGAUUGUUUGACACAAACUGUGGGUAUUUGGCCUGCAGUAGCUUUGUAGUAUGUGCAGUAAUAGAGAUAACUGAGGGCUCCCAUCAGGGCUCCUGAAAGUUUUACUGAAAUGGUUCAGCUUUUUAGGGCAACUCCACAUUUCUAUCCUUGGACUACACAAGCUAUCUGUGAUUUUAAAGUUCAGUAUGGGAAAAGUUUGAGGCUUCAUACUUACCAAAGCUGAAAAUUCCUUCAACACCAUCCAUGAACUGAAUCCAUGGAAUUCUGCAUCUGGAUUACUUCAGAUUUUCCUGAGAACACCACGAUGAAUAUGUAAAAUCACAAGUUUUGUCCUACCCUGCAAUGGCAAAGAAUGCUUCCAAAACUUCCUGGAUCCUCAUCUAAAUCCAGUUGUUUGAGCAAUCAAAAGGUUAAUGUGUUCACUUGAAGGUUUCUUUUGUAUUAAUUUGAAGAAGAUGCAGUUUUACAGUGAAAUGAUAAAAAUCCAGCAUGUGACCUUGACAUUUUUUUGAUUGCUUUCUAGAUUUUACAUUAUUGUUACAUGUGAGAAUCCAUACAUUUAUGUGGACACUGAAAAGUACGUCUGCCUUAAAAUGUUGUAGAUGACGGAGGCACCGGUGAAGCAUCUGUUCACUGAUUUGGUCCAACUGGAAAUAAAAGCCCUCAUUUAACAGGUUACCUCACUUUAUGUAAUGUAAUAUAAACCUUUGGAUCAAAUAAAUUUAAAAUAUGAGUAAUGUCUAGUGUGCUUAACCUUAAUAGCAGCCUGUGUUCAUAUAAUAUGCUUCUUUGAGCUGACUGCUACUCUCAGUGCAGGUCCUGACAAGUUCACACAGGGUCCAAACCUAACAAUGUUAACACUUAUCCUGACUAAUCUGGUUUAUGGAUUCGUGUUGGUGAUGCUACUAGUAUGUUUUUCUCUUAUAAAAACAUAAAUAAUCCUUAAAGAGAAUUAAUGGAAGCAGUCAUCUUAUCUGUUGUUUCCUGUGGCAGUUUAAAUCUUCUUAUUCUGUCCUC